AUGGCGACACACUAUCGCUCGGCCAAAACCCGUCGGCAAGAGGGCAUUGGCUAUGAUUCGAGGUAUCUGCGUCUCCAGAUACAAUCGCUGCACUUCUUGCCAAACGAAAUGCCUGACCUCAUCCGCAAAGAGUUACGAAGACUCUUUUUCGAAGAAACUGCUCAGAACCUACGACACGAGCAUGACUAUAAGUUAUUCUGGCGCAGAGAUGCCAGCAUGACACGUAUUGAUGAGCGCCGUCCGCCCCAACACUUUAUUAAUCCAGCAGACGCUCAUCAGUUCUUAAACAAGGAGGUCAUGGUAUACUUCGAACCAAUGUCCGUUAGCGAUUUUUAUAGUCGAAAGAUUGGUUGCUAUAUUUACCGGGAGUGGCUACAUCUGCACAAUAUACGGCCAAUCUUUCAGCGCGAUAGCUUCUUCGCCAAAGCAGCACACAUCAGCAACAGCAACAGCGGGCCCCAGAAUUUGGAACAGCUCUCAAUAUUCCACCACCAUCUUUGCGAACAACUAUCGACUAAAAUGGACCAGCUUGUUGAUUUCUAUCCAAACAGACCAUCAGAAACGUCAGCGCCACCUUUGUGGGGCCCGAUGCCUAGCAGGAAGAUACAGUCGUGGCGAGAUCACGGCCAUAUUAUGCGUCAUCUAUUCCGUGCGCUAUACAUCGUUGUUGAUAGACAGGCUCUAGCAGAAGAUCCCCCGCCAAGACACCUGGAACAUCUGAAAGGCAUCUACUAUAAGGAAGCUGAGACUGAGCUUGACUUGUCACGCUGCACUGUGCUCCUAGUCAAGACAGGUGAUGAGGCGCAUCUUCACUCUCCCAUCAGCUUCUUGCCCUUAUUUGACGCGGGUCUAGCUUUGCCGGUCAAUCGAGAAGACUAUCGCGGCGACUUAGAGGAAACAGCCGUCCGCGUUAAGUUAAACGUUGCCGUACGUUUCGUGCUGAAACUACUAGGUCGAGAGGAGGCAGCCCUCGAGAAUCUAAGGCGGGAGGCUAAGGUAUUGAGGGAUGAGCAAGAGAGAUGCUGUGAUGCUUGGUUGAACAAUGUCAUGGCCCAUUCCGACGAGGUUGGCAUUGAUAACAAUAGACACACAUGGCUGGCCUCCCGGAGAGCGCUGGCAAGAAUGAAUAACGAGGCGUUUGAGGAAGACCAGGUUUACCCAGGUUGGGAGAUACUAAGAAGGUGGACUUUAUGA